AUGGCAGGCCGUUUCGUACGCUCUUCCAAAUAUCGGCACGUGUUCGGCCGUCCGACUCGCAAGGAACAAUGUUAUGACAAUGUGAGGGUAUCGAAGAAUGCCUGGGACACAAACUUGAUCAAGGCCAACCCAGAAUAUCUCGCCCUUAACUGGGAUAGCAGCGGUGGUGGCGCGUUUGCCGUCAUCCCCACGAAAGAGAAAGGCCGCCUGCCCGAACGCAUACCACUCUUCCGAGGACAUACCGCCGUGGUUCUGGACACCGAUUGGAAUCCGUUCAAUGACUCGUUGAUCGCUUCGGGUUCUGAUGACGGCAAGGUAUUCUUGUGGAGAGUCCCCGACGAGUUCACCCUACACCUCGACCUUCCCCCAGACGAGAUACAGGAUAUUGCCCCUGUUGGCAAGCUCAGUGGCCACCCCAAGAAAGUAGGGCACGUGCUCUUCAAUCCCGCCGCUGAAAAUAUCCUGGCGUCGGCAGCGGGAGAUUUUAUGAUCAAGAUAUGGGAUAUCGAGUCCGGCUCUUCCAAGCUCUCGCUGAAGGUUGGCGAGGUGAUUCAGUCUUUAUCGUGGAGCGCGAAUGGUUCCCUUCUAGUCACGACUUCCCGAGACAAGAAAUUGAGGAUAUGGGACACAAGACAAGAAAAAGCCGUUCAUGAGGGCCCAGGCCACGCAGGUGCAAAGAACAGCCGUGCGGUGUGGAUGGGGGAACACGAUCGAAUCGCUACGACUGGCUUUUCUAGAAUGAGUGACCGUCAACUUGCACUUUGGGACGUCCGAAACGCCCAAGGACCCAUUGACGGGUUCCAAAUGCUUGACUCGAUCUCUGGCGUAUGCAUGCCCUUUUGGGACGAAGGCACCCAGUGUUUAUUCCUCGCAGGCAGGGGUGACGGCAACAUCCGUUAUUACGAGUAUGAGCACGACAAAUUCGAAUACCUGUCCGAGUACAAAUCAUCCGAUCCUCAACGUGGAGUGGCCUUCAUUCCCAAGAGGGGAGUUAAUCUGCAUGAGAACGAGGUUGCUCGAGCAUAUAAGACGGUAAACGACAACUACAUCGAGCCUAUUUCUUUCAUUGUACCCCGGAGAGCAGAGACCUUUCAGGAGGAUAUCUAUCCCCCUACUGUUGGACUGAAAGCAGCAAUGAACAGCAAAGAAUGGCUUGACGGUGCUGAGGGUUUGCCACCAAAAAUCUCCAUGGAGAGUUUAUAUGAGGGUACUGGCCUCAAAGAGGUCGCUUCGGAUGAGGUGAAGCCGGCCAAGAAGGCUCCUGAACCCAUCAAGGCUGUUGAACCGAAGAAAGAAGUUCGCCAGUCGAUUCCGGAACCAACACCGGCCACAAUUCAAUCUCCGCCUCCAUCCAUGAAGGAACAAGGUGCUACCAUGAUGGGUGCCGCCGACAAAUUCAAAGAUACCGAGCCUGCAGAAGUCGAGGAUGACGAGUCGGAUUUCGAGGAAGUCCAGAAGCCCGUGGAACGGACAUCUGCAGCUAAACCGGUCGUGGCUGAAGAGAAAAAGGAGCAAUCUCCUACCCCCGUUGCGAGUAAAGUAUGGGAAGAUGUCGAAGCCCCUGAACCUGCUCCGCCUAAACACAAGAUGACCGAAACGGAAAUGUCAGAUGAACAGACUGUCGAGGAGGGAGAAGCUUCGAACCUAGCUGAGGCGACUCCGAUGUCAGAUUCCAUGGAGCGGGAGAUGAAGAACAUGAAGGCUUUGAUUGCCCAGCAGUCACGGCAGCUGAGCAGCCUGACCAAGACGGUAACAGACCUCGUUGCAGAAGUGAAAGCUUUGAAAAGUCAUAGAUGA